AUGGGACGUGAGGAGCAAGGAAGGACUUGGUGCAUGGACGCAGCUCAACUGGAUACGCAAAGGAAGAAGGAGGAAGCCAUCUUGAAGACCAGCUCGACCACCACUCGACCAUCCGGUCGAGUUCCUCAACUCGACCGGCCAAGCUUCAACUCGAUCGAGCUGAGAAGUCAACAGUCAAACCCGAAAAAUGUUGCUUCCCCCUUGACUUCCUUUGACCCUAAACCUAAUCCUCUUGCGAUUCUCCACAUGGAAGUGAUGGAAAUCGUUGGAAAAGGUCCACUAAGAGCUCCAAUAACUCUUGCUCUCGAAAUGGAGUUCAUAGGGGUUGGAUGGAUUAGUUUGAGCAAUGAUCCUAUGGCCUCCAAGGCUUGA